GCAAAAAAAGCAACGUCUUUUCUCUUUCCCGUCAGAAUCAAGCAAAGCGCGAUCCCUCUCUCUGCCUCUCUCAAUAGAGCUAAAAAUCCCCAGUCGCAUUUCAACAGCGAGAUCUCCUCAAUCUCAGUCGAGAUGAUACUUCUCCAGUCUCCAUCACGAUUCGUCCUCCAAACUCUGCAGAAUCGCGUGCUCAAUAGCACAGAGAAGGGCAUUGACCUCGAUUGCCAGGCCGUUGAGUUCGAUGAUGUUCGGUAUCACAUUCAGUUCUCUAUGAAAAAACCGGAUGUGGCUCUGGUGUCAGUGUCAUUGCCAACUCCACCGCCAGAAACGGUGUUCAUUGAAGGUUUGCCUGUUGGGGCUUUAGAGGCGGUGAAGGUGGUCUAUGGAGCGCUGAUACAGAUUCUUGAUCCUCCGAAGGAUGGAUAUAAUCUUACGAUGAAGCUCAUUUUGUCGAAACUUCCGGCUGAUGAAGGUUCAACGAGUUCCUUUCUCAAGGUUAUUAUGAGCUUGAUAUAGUAGAGAGAGUGCACACCAUUGAUGUCUGAUAUGUGAUAUUUCAUUUGUUAUUUUAGUUGAUAUUUUGUGCAAUCAUGCUGAAGUAGCUUUUAUUAGUUUGUUAUAGAAGAAUUGGAAAGUUGUUUGUCCUAAAAGCCGAUAGCUUAGACCAUGAGAAAUUCCAUUUGGUUAUGUGGCUUAAACUUAACGAUAUUGGUUAUAG